UGCGCUGCGCCCAGGGCGCCGGCUGGGGGCGAGGAGACCUCGAGCAGCCGCCGGCGCCGCAGCCGUUGCUGCCUCCGCGGCGCAGUGGGGUGCAGAGGCCCUCCAGGUGGUGGCCGAGGAUGUCGUCCACCGCGGCCUUUUGCCUCCUCUCUACCCUGGGAGGGUAUUUGGUCACCUCGUUCUUGUUGCUUAAAUACCCAACGUUGCUGCACCAGAAAAAGAAACAGCGAUUCCUCAGUAGGCACAUCUCUCACCGCGGAGGUGCCGGAGAACACCUGGAGAACACGAUGGCCGCCUUCUAUCAUGCAGUUGCCAUUGGAACUGAUAUGUUAGAACUGGACUGCCACAUCACAAAAGAUGAGCAAGUUGUAGUGUCACAUGAUGCAAACCUGAAGAGGUCAACUGGGGUCAGUGUAAAUGUCUCUGAUCUCAAAUACUGUGAGCUCCCACCUUACCUUUGCAAACUGGAUGUCCCAUUUCAGAGAGGCUGCAGGUGUGAAGGAACAGAUAACCGCAUCCCACUGCUGAAGGAAGUAUUUGAGGCUUUUCCUGAGACCCCCAUUAACAUCGACAUCAAAGUCAACAACAACACGCUAAUUAAGAAGGUCUCAGAACUGGUAAAGGAAUAUAAGCGAGAGCACCUGACAGUGUGGGGCAAUGCCAGCUCUGAAAUAGUAGACAAGUGUUACAAGGAGAACUCAGACAUCCCCAUACUCUUCAGCCUGCAGCGUGUGCUACUCAUCCUUGGCCUUUUCUUCACCGGCCUCCUGCCCUUUGUGCCCAUUCGAGAACAGUUUUUUGAGAUUCCAAUGCCUUCUAUCAUACUGAAGCUAAAAGAACCGAACACUAUGUCCAAAGGUCAUAAGUUUCUCAUCUGGCUUUCUGAUACCUUAUUAAUGCGGAAAGCUUUAUUUGACCACCUCACGGCCCGGGGCAUCCAAGUGUACAUUUGGGUUUUAAAUGAAGAACAUGAGUACAAAAGAGCUUUUGAUUUGGGAGCAACUGGAGUGAUGACAGACUACCCAACAAAGCUCAAGGAUUUCUUAAAGAAUUUUUCAGCAUAAAAAAAAAAUGUACUCCAAAUUCAAAGGAGGUAGGACAUGAAAAGAUCUGAGGAAAGGCGAGUCACCAUGGUUUCCUUGAGAUUUCCAGAAUGAUAAAAGGAUUCAUCAGUUAGGUUUGUAUUACCUCAUUUUUAAGUCUGUGUGGGAAUGUAGAAACUUCUGUAUACUGUAUAUUUAUUUUCAACAAUAUUGCAUAUUUCACAUUGGCAACUUGUUUAGAAAGAUGACUGGCUCUGAGAUCAUUGAUCAAGAUGUCUGUACAUGAUGCAGUAUUUUACUAUUGUACACCUAAAAUCAAAGACUAGAGGCCAAAUUGACGAAAGAUCAACUAUGGCAAAAGGAGAUUCCAGAGCGGGGCAUGGUGACGAGAGCCUGUGAUCCAGCACUCAAGAGCCUGAGGCGAGAGGAUCAUGGGUUUGAGGCCAGCUUGGGCUACAUAGUGAAACCCUGUCUUUAGAUUUCUUUUUUUUUAAUAAAAAGGAAAAUGAUUGAAGGUCAUUAUAGCAUUUUUGGAUUGUCUGGUUAGGUCUAAGUGCAUUUUAGUUGAAGGGACAAUACAGCGGAAGAAGAACCUGAAAGCAGAUGCUCACAGCUCCCUGGCAGGGUGUGCACUGUUAACAGAAGGCAAAUCCAAGUAAGCAACAGUUUGUUUCUUACUCAGAAGUCAGAUCUGCACACUGAGACAGACUUCUGGGCUGCGGUGGUUAAUGGGGACAUUCUGUCUGGAGCCCUUUUUUCAGGUGUUUGACAGUGCUAUCAUGUCUAUUUGUUUUUAAUGUCCUUAAAAGUAGAAUUUAUAAUUGUAAAAUAAGACAAGAUCCAAUUAGUCACGGUGUUUAUGUUUCCCCUAAAGAAAUACACGAGUCUUGUCCUCGAGGUGUGACUAGACUGUUUUGAACCUCCGUCUGGAUUGUCAGUGGCACGGCAGUCCUGUCAUGCCCGGGCUGCCGGAAGCGCAGCUCCGUUGCGGGCAUUUGUGGUGUGAGCCACGGGCUCCGGGUCUUCAGGAACUCACUCCUCUGAGGGUCAAAUCAGGACAGACUUACCCAGCGUUACAUAUCACUUCCUCUGCCUUCUGGUGUGGCUUCCUGCAAAUCUGUCUCUAGCCUUUUUGACUAAUUUUCCUGAUCUCAGAUCGGGAGUUAAGUAUAGUAUAAACUGAUAAACGUCUUUACCUAAAUCUCGGCCCUCGUGGGGUUUGCCGAGUACAGCUAUGAAGGACAGCCUUACUCUCCCGUCUGUUGCUCUGUUGUCUAAAUUGUAAUAAAGUUUUCCAAGAACAAA